AAAGAAUAGGAUACUUAUUGGAAACUUGAAGACAUGCCACAUGUUUUAAUAAAAACAAGUGACGCUAUUUUCAUCUCGUGCAUGCACCUGUUACGCAGCGGUAUGUCGGUCGCGACACACAUGACUCCGCCCCUUUACACUUGUCCUUCACUUCUGAUUGGCUCAGCGGGAUGUCUAUGGUAAUUUUCGUCCAGCCUUGCACCUGACUCGCUUCUUUAGUCAAAGACAACUUCCAAGCAUCAGAUAUUUGUUAACUCGCCAUCUCUCAGUGAAAACAAACCAAGGAGAAUUUUUUGCCAAAGUACCAUGCCAAGAUCUUUCCUGGUGAAAAAACACCUUACCAACAAGAAGCCUGACUAUGGUGUGCUGGAGUCAAAAAAACACGAGGUGAUGAACACAGAAUCUUCAAGCACCAAACUCAAACCGCUGCACCAUGAACCAACGUUUCCUGCACCACCUCAUGUGUUCACCGCACCGAGCAGCUCUUUGAGGAUGAACCCUAUUAAUUUAGGGAUGUACCACCCAAGCCUGCCCAUGGACAGCCCAGCUCUGGCUCUCCCUUACCCCGUACCCCUCCGAGACAUGCAGCCUGUUCUCCCGACGCCGGAGUUUACCCAAUCAUUCCAGCGUUUCCACAGAAAUCCAGAAGAUAAAGUGCCAUUGUCCCAAUCAGAAGCUGGCACCGCAAGCAGCGUCCAGGAGCGACGUGAUGGGUGUUUGGACCGUCACAAAUCUUACUUUACCUUCUCUAGUAUGAGCAAACAGAGGAAGCUGCAUUGUGAGUGGCAAUGCCAAAAGUACUUUAGCUGUAAAUACUGCGACAAGGAGUACGCCAGUCUCGGGGCGCUGAAGAUGCACAUCCGCACGCAUACGCUGCCUUGUGUGUGCAAACUCUGCGGAAAGGCCUUCUCCAGGCCAUGGUUACUUCAAGGACACAUUCGCACACACACAGGUGAAAAGCCGUUCUCCUGCCCGCACUGCAGUCGUGCAUUUGCUGACCGCUCAAACCUUCGUGCACAUCUACAAACCCACUCUGAGAUCAAGAAAUAUCAGUGCAAAAACUGCUUUAAGACUUUCUCCAGGAUAUCACUUCUGUCAAAGCACGAGGAAGCAGGCUGCUGCCCAAUGUCCUGAUGUUUACCAAAGUCUCUCUGAUGGGACGGAUCAACAAAACUGAAUAAUACACACACACAUAUGAAGAGCUUGGAUGCAAAAGCCUCUAAACGCCACCUCUGUUAAACGUGAGAAUGAUAUUAAUUAAAUGCUAUUGUCACGUAUUAUACGUCCAUCAAAUACUUUAACUUCAAAUCCACUUAAUCCCGGCCUCAGGUCAUUUUUUUGGCACAAUCCAUUAAAGUCUGAUAAAAAUGCUGAUUUAUAUGAAAACAUGUCAGGUUUUGCAUUUAAGCUCUUCAAAUAUACCAUAACUGCAUUCUGAUACUAUAAAGCACAAACAAACUGUACAUUGUGUGCAUAUUUUUUGUGAAAAAGUUGCAGUUUUGUAAUAUUGCCGUUUUAUCUUAGAUGUGAUGGGUUGUCAUGUUAAGGUUUUGUAAUGCAAAAAUAUUAAGGCAAACAAUAAAAUA